AUGUUCUCUCUCGCAAAACUGUCAAAUUCGCCAGCCCAGCCUGUCUACUUUGACAUAAGGCUCAAAUCACCUUAUAAGAACGUUGUUUUAAUUCAUGGGACGCCGUUGGAGGCUCCGCCGAUUCCUAUCUCGGGUCACUUAGUGUUUUCGAUUCCAGAGUCUAUCAGUGUAAAAAAGAUAUCGCUAAAGCUGGUGGGCACCUUCAAAUUGGAGUUUCUGCAGGUCGGCCAGCACAAGAAUUCAAGUCUUGCCAGUGUUGUGAAGGAGCGUAGGACUAUCUUUGAGUGUGUUUGGGAUAACCUUCUGGUUUCGUCAGAGGGCCUUAUAACCAUUGGAGGGCCGGGGAGCUCGGCUACAGGGUCGAGUGAUGCCACGCAGGAUACAGCAAGUUCGGCGCUGUCUAGCACAUCCCUCAACAACCUAUGGAAACCAAUCAAAAAAAGCAAUUCCUCCAUUUCACAUAGCCUUCCAACAAAUGGUGCGAGCUGUACACCUUACGAUGGUAUCGAUGCUAGCCCUGGUCAGUCUUUCGUAAUUCGAGAAGGGAAUUACGAGCUACCCUUCAAGGUAUCCCUACCACCUUACACUUCUGAGACAAUAGAAGGGCUUCAGGCGGGAUCAGUACUCUACAAGUUUGAAGCUCACAUGGAGCGCGGAAGCUUCAAAAACUCAUUCACGAAGCACAAAUAUUUGCGUAUAUUCCGUACUCUAUCCCCCAACAAUUUGGCCGUUGGUGAAGAAAUGAGUGUUGGCAAAAGUUGGCCCGAUAGACUACAAUACGAGAUAUCUAUUCCCAGUCGAGCAAUACCGAUAGGUGGUGUGACCCCUGUCACCGUGAACCUGUAUCCAUUCCAGAAGGGGUACAGAUUAUCCAAAAUAGAUGCAAAUUUAAUCCAGUAUUACGCUUUCAAAGAUCAAAGUGGUCAACUUUACGAUGACGAAAGUGUCGUCCUACAUCAAGGUAUAACUACGUUCGAUAAUCUACCUGGCUGCGAUACAUCUAGAGAUAAUCUAAUCACAGACAAAGUGGAGCUGAACUCAUCUCUCAAAUUUCCCCAAAAUCUCAAGCAAGUUACACAGGAUUGUGACAUCGGUGGUGAUGCCAUCCGGGUGCGGCAUAAACUGAGCAUAAAGAUCUUUUUAAAAAGAAAAAUUGGUACUGAGGAUAAAAGCACAGAAGUGAAAGCAAACAUUCCGGUUUUUCUAUACGUGUCACCGCAUGUUCCAUUAGAGGGCAGGCUUGUAUUGCUGGACAAUGCAGGCAAGAUUCAUUUUCGCUCUGGCGAUGGAGUACGAUUAUUCGAAAAACAACAACACAAUACGCAGAGCGCCAUCAACAGUUCGAUAUCUCUUAACAAUUUGCAAAGACUGGAAGACGGCUCGCUGGCAGUAAGCUAUUUUCCCCAGGAAGAUACUGAAGCGCCACCAACCUACGCGAAACAUAUGUAUGAUCAACUGUACAGCGGGAACGAUGAUUCGACUAACCAAGCUGCAGACCUCUUGCGCAGUGGAGCCUCCACGCCAGAUGGAACUCAUCCGUUAAUGAGGGCAACCACUGAGAGCCAUUUGAUGCUUGAAGAUCUAGUGGAACCCAUGCAAGACCUUUCUCUGGAGAAACUAAAUUGCCUGCCAUCUUAUGACCAAGUUGGCGAUGACGCAGAGGAUGAAGCCGCUUUGCCCGUAAGUGAGCUUACGCCGUCGUACGACAACACGGGUUCUGCUCUUCCAUCAGGACAUGUGUCGCCCCAACCAAUAAGUGUGACGGGCCGCCGACCUGGUCAUGUAUUUCAUGGUGGGCUAGCCCAUUUUGUGCGCAGUCAUUCCAGGAACCAGGAUUCUCCUAGUGUAUCAGGUCCUUCAUCCGGUGUUGCACCGGGAUCUACUUCAGGGUCGGCAUCUCGCUUAUUGCACGAAACCAGCCCUCUGCACUGA